CGUUGAAAGAGAAAGCCAUGAAAUAUUGCAAUUCAAAAAUAUUUUGUUUUCAUAUAAAAGUUUCAGAUGAAUUCCUCGAAUUGUAAUUGCCUGAAGUUAUUGGAUACUUAUGCAAUUAUAGAGAAGAAUUUAAUCAAAGACAUUGAUAUAUUACAAUGUGAAAACAAACAGUUGAUAGAUAUUUACAAGAAUAAGGUAGAUGAAUUAGAACAAAAAUUGGUUAGCUUAAAAAUAUUUCAAAAUAAUAAGAUACAAUUACUCAGUAAAGAAUUGAUCAUUGAAAAAAUCACUAACCAUGAACUAAAAAAUGAAUUGAAACUAUUGGAAGACAAUCUUAGAUGUGAUACCCUCAAGAAAAAAUCUAGAAAUCUACAAUAUAAAUAUCAAAUGCAAAGAUUUGUCAACAAUCUUGAUGAACUUGUUACAAGCCUCUCCUCUAAAAUAUCUCUACUUUUAGUCAACAAAGACAAAGAAAUUGGGAAAUUGUUCAAGGCAAUUAAUUCACAAAUUAAUGAAAUAAGAUUUAAUCAAGAUUAAAUUGAUAAUGCAUAAAUAUGACCGGAAAUCAUAAUGAAAUAUAUCUCUCCAAAGUAAA